AUGCCCCUAUCUGGAGUCCAAAAGUCCAAGCAUCCUUGCUCCGUAUGUGCUAAACGAAAAGUCAAGUGUGAUAGACUAAUCCCAUGUACCAAUUGUGUAAAGAGAGGGCUCGAAAAGGAUUGUCUUGAGAAACCAGCCGGAGGUCAAUCAGAUGCCAUUGAUGACUUUCUUCCACGGAUUCUACGAUUCUGGCAAAAGUAUGAAUACUGGGUUGGAGAUAUUGCUCUUUCUAAGAGUGCAAACUUUGAUACUACAGAAAAACAGAUUGAUCUACAAGAGGAGUUGAAAGAAUGCGAAUACUGGUGCAACUUUUUAAGUAGGGAACAGUCUUUUGCGUUACUGGACUAUUCAAUAGAGAGGUUGGGAGUACUUUAUUUUGGCUGUGUGAGUGAUAUAAGCGAGCUUUACUUGAUACUUGAAAUGUAUUGGUAUAGAAGAGAACAUAAAAAUGAGAAAGACGUGGUAUUAACAGUCGAUGCUCAUUAUUCCGAUGCUCUGGUGUGGUCCAUUUUUUGCCUAGCAGUACAUUACAUGCCUUCAAAAACACUUCACACUAUCUUUCCUAUACUCCCUCAACAUGAAUUGUUCAAACCGCUAGAUCACGGUUAUGAUUUUGAAGAUAGAUUUCAACGCAAUCUUUCCCGAUGUUUUGAGCGCUGCACCACUACUCUUCUUCUCAUGACGAAUUUCACUGCAAAUUCGGAUAUAAGGUUGAUUCAGAUCUACUUGAUACUCUCCAGUACUAUGUAUCCACACAGACGCAAUAACUCAAGCGAUAGCCUGCUGCUUCAAUCCUUCCAUACAGCGAAGAUCAAACACGUAAACGACUUCAAGCCUUUGAUUAGCGACUCAGCCGCCCUACGUUUAACAAAGGUAACAUGUGAGAAGAUGUGGUAUCGCUUAUGUACCUGUGAUUACCUUCAAUCCAGUCCUAAUAAGCCUAUUACUUUCCAUACGGAAUUAUCCUCAUUAUUGCAACAUGCUGCCUACCUAGAAGAUCUGCCUACCACAGAUGUUUACCAAAGUGAAGACUCGUUUGAGGUUUUCUACUGGAAAGUGCUAUCUCUUGAUCGAGAUUUGGAUCAAUACCUGACGAAAGAGCUUAAGCCGCCACUUAAGACGUUGGAUGCCGUUCAGCGACAAGUGGAGAUAUUCAGCCGAAAAUUAAGUUCGCCAGAGGAAUCUACUUCUCUGGAUUCGGAAUUCGCUAGAUUUUUGAUAUCAUACUUGGUGGACGGAGUCUCUUGGAAGCUUCAUAAGAUGUUUUUUAUUUACUAUGGCAUCUCUGCUAGCUUGGGUAAAUCUAUCCACUUCGCAAAGAGCUUGAUCGCUCUUGUUAUUAAAAACAUGAAACUCCAAAAAGAAUUAUUCAAUAGGCAUCCAAUAGUGAUAUGGUCACUUGCUAGAGUUGCUUUAUUCUAUCGCUUUCUUGAGAUGUUCGACAGUUCGGCAGAGGUACAAGAUAUAAACUUGGAUGUUAGCGAUAUUUUGCAUUACUUGCCAAAAGGUUUCACCCCACACCUUAAUGAACUAAUCUACUUGCUUGAACGCUUACAGAUGCUAAAGGAUAUGUGGGAAUACACUGGGGAUGCUGAGUUGAGAAAAACGUUCUCGCAUCCAGUGUUCAGGAUAUUGCAGAGUGAUAUCGAUACUGUAUCACAGCAAUAUACUGAACGGCCUUCGAUGAUAAGUGGAUCUGGUCCUCUCAGAACACAGAAAGUUUCAUCAAAUUUGGAGAAGGAUACUGGGAAUAUAAGCGACUCUUAUAGUUCACUCAUUGAACGUUUUCAAGAACAGUGUCAGUUUGAUAUCCAGGUUUUAGCAUCUCUCGAAAACUUUGUAUAA